AUGGAUGAAGCACCUCCUCCCUACAAUGCAGCUAUCGCUCCUCCCAUGCCUCCAACUAUGGCCCCGAGCAUGGCAACUCCUCCCCCAGUUCAUAUCCAGUCUUCUCAAUCACAAGCUCUGUUGGUCGACUUUAAAUGGAGCAAACUUAAGUUCAUCGUCUCGUCCGAGGCCGAAAGAGGCGAAGCCACGCCUCUUUACCACGUCGCCCUACAGGUAGUCAUGGCUCCACAUCUCCGAUUCAAGGCUAUCGAAGGCAAUGGCGUCGAAAGAGAAGUUGGCACAGGCACAGUUCACACUUUUGGCAUUUCACCAGAUUACGAACUAUACGGCAAACCCGCCACACUGAAGGCGCAAAAACGCUUCCGCACCUACUACACGCACAUGUCGACCGUUUUCUCCGACACGCAAGAACCGGUCAAAAUGACCUGGACUAGCAACACCGAUUUCAAGGGCUGGGACUUUAUCUGUGUUGACCACAACCAGGUUCCCGUUGCUAAAUACUCGGCCAAUCUCUGGGCUGUCAAGAAAUUCGGCAAGAUUGAACUCCUCGGCCCCAAGGCCUUUGACCCCGCGGCUAGGGAUGAGAUUGUUGUUCUCGCUGUUACUUUGUUCUAUUGCAUGUACCUCCGUGUGAACAAUCCAUUCAACCUGCUGGGUUCGGCUUUCAUGUCCAAGGAUAAGACCGAGCAAUCGUCGUCUCAGUCACCACAAGCUGAGGCCAAUUCAAAGGAAGAACGUGAAUUCUUGGCGACCUCGAAUGCCAAUGUCCAAUCGAAGCAGAAGUUCCGCGAAGAAGGAGCGAUUUACUAA